AUGGAGCAAAACAUGACCACUAACUCAAACAAUUCAAACAGCACAACACAUAGCAACAUGCCUACACACAUUGAUCUUUCCAACAUUGAUGAAAACACAAAGGCGUAUAUAGACGCAGCUUGUCAGGCUUCAUCAAAUGCAAUUAUAUGCAACAUUAAGUCAUACAUUGAUCAAACAAUGGCAACACAAACAAAUCUGAUUAAUAAGCUAAACAAUCGACUAGAUACAUACCUUAACAACCAGCAAGCUCAAAAAACACCAUCUGUCUCCAACAGUUAUAGUCAAGAAAUCAAUUACAACCAAACUAACAAAAAUAACUUAGGUCACAAUCAUGAGUUCAAUAUUGCUAAUCCUCAACAUCCAGAUGAACAAAGUAGUAACAGUACAAACCAACAAGGUAAUUGCCCUCUAACUCCUAUUUUAAACAAUCUCCUAAUCAAUUCGAGAGAUACUAUCACACAAGACAAAGCACAUAUAACAACUCAGCCAACCCCUCAAACCAACUCAAUGAUAUGUUUAAAAUCAACACACCGGAAGUAUCCUUCUAUUGAAUACACUGAUAUAGAAAAUCUCCCACCUGUUCAAGGAUUUAAUAAUCCUCAAGCAGCUCUUAUUGAAAGAAUUCGUCUUUGGUGGAUACUAAACUGGCAUGAAGGGCAAAAGGCAAUAGAAAUGAUUCUAAACAAACCAAACCUACCUAUACGAUUAUGGAAAGCGAUUGCAUUUGGUUCCUAUGCGGACCUACAUGAAUUCACACACAAAAACAUAAAACUAUUUCUAAAAAACAAUGAUGAGGAUCAAACUCUUACAACAGCUGAAGAAGGCACAAUAGCAAUUCGUAAACGUAAUCAGUCACACAAAUUUAAUAAUAUUUCAGAGUGGCUUCUAGCAUUCAAAUCUUAUAUGGAUGCUGUACUUAUAAUUUUUGAUACCAGAGAACAGGAAUUAAACACUUAUCGUGAUCAUAUCAAUUCUCUCUGCAUUAAACAAGAAUUUGAUGCUGUUCUUACAUACGACGAAGAUAGGAGAUUACACUUAACAAUAAAUCGAGACACAACCUUACUUGAUCGCGACCUUGAAGCUUCAGGCGAAAAUUUUGACUCAACAACUACAAAAAGAUAUCGUUCUACCAACUCUCAACAAACUUUUAAAUCUGAUAUUAGCUGGAACAACGGCAAACAAAUAUGCAUAAACUGGAACAAAAAAGCUUGGCCACCCUGA